AUGAGUGAUUUAAAAGAACAAACAUCCACGGAUAAACGUCGAGCCAGUGGAUCUGUAAAUACUUCCAAGAUUUCCAUUAAACAUCGAAAAGCUGGUGAAUUCGUUGCUCGUGAAUCUUUACUAACUGAAUUAUUUCACAAUCCACAUAUUAAUUGUGUGAGAAAUGGAUUCAUUGCUGGUUUUAUUUUGAUGAUAUUACGUCAUCUAGUCGAUGAUUUACUUCAUUAUGGAAGACCAAAUUGGACAUUUGAAUUGUUGUUUUUAACAGUUGGUCAAUUACAUAUUACCAUAAUGAUUUGGUCUGUUAUGACUUUUUGUACAACUUUUGUUGUGUAUUAUGGAACAUAUAUUUGGGCAAAUAGUCGUAAAUUUAGUGGAACUUCGCUUAGUAUAAUAAUUGAAUAAGAAAAAAAAAAUAGAUAAUAAAAUAUUAUUGUUUAGAAUUAUAUGACAUGUUUUGG